GUCGAGUGGGAGGUCUCGAGUUGGACAUCUCUACUGGUCGCUUAGUUUAAAACGAGCGCACCCCACGUCAGGGCGUGGAGCACUCCGGAAGAAGUUCCUAUUCUGUGCCAGAGAUCGGGGCUCACAAAAAGACAGCGCCUUGGGGCCUGUGGAUAGAUGAUGACUUUCACUCCUUUGUUGGUGCUGGAGCUAGCUUCAGACACUAAGAAGGAAGCAAUUGCAUGGCUGCUAAGCAGGAUGAGAGACCAACAGCAGAAUGGAGGUGCUGAGCUGAUUGUGGAGCAGCUUGGCCCUGGAGUCAGUACCCAGGAGAAGGAAAACCUCAACAUUUUUCUGGUGGGUGCGUCCCGCCAGAGGCUCCUUUCUGGUGCUGAGGAAAUUGGCUUUUUCAAGGAGUUCAAGGAUGGAUCCAUGAGGGCCUUCACCUGUACCAACAAAUACGACUUCAAAGACUUUAAAGGGGAUGGAGACAGUUUCUUCAGUGUUGCUGAGUGUCAGUACAUCAUUAAACAUGAACUGGACACAUUAAGAGCCAAAGAUGAAACUCACGUGCCAGGAUACACACAGGCCAAGCUGUAUCCUGGAAAAUCCCUCAUCCGCCGGCUGCAGUCCAAAGGUAUCUUGAUCCAAAUGUUUCCCCUGCAUGAAAAGGAAGAACUGAAGAGACUUUCAUUUUCCUGGUACAAAAAAGUAAAGUUAUCCCUUCAGCCUCUUGAUGACAUCAGACAUUACUAUGGUGAGGGCCAGGCUCUCUACUUUGGCUUCCUGCAGUAUUUUACCUUUGCCCUGGUGCCUUUUGCUGUCAUUGGUGUGCCUUACUAUAUGUUUGACUGGGAAGGCUAUGACAAACAUGUGGUCCUAGCUGUGUUCAACUUGGUGUGGUGUACUGUUAUACUGGAGUUAUGGAAGCAGUUCAGUGCCUCACUAGCUUACCGUUGGGGCACUCUGAGCAGGAAGAAAGCCUUUGAAGAGCCCCGGCCCGGUUUCCACGGCAUUCUUGGCUUCAACCCUGUUACUGGUCGUGAGGAACCUCUCUACCCCAACACAAAGAGGCAGCUGCGUAUCUACUUUGUGUCCCUACCCUUCGUUCUGCUUUGCCUCUAUCUGUCCUUCUGUGUCAUGAUGGUCUACUUUCAAAUGGAGAGUUUGGUUUUGUCAAUCCAUGAUGAAGACCCCACAUUCUGUUCAGGAGUUCUGCUGUUCAUCCCCAGUAUAAUCUAUGCUGUGGUCAUAGAGAUCAUGAACUUCAUUUACAGAUAUGCUGCCGAGUUUCUCACAGAGUGGGAAAAUCACAGGCUGGAGUCCUCCUAUCAGAAUCACCUGGUCCUCAAAGUCUUAGUAUUUAACUUCUUCAACUGUUUUGCCUCACUGUUCUUCAUCGCCUUCAUAAUGCAGGACAUGGUGCUGCUUAGGCAGAGCCUGGCCACACUGUUGAUCACUAGCCAAAUCUUAAAUCAGUUUAUGGAGGCCUUCCUGCCUUACUGGUUUCAGAGGAGACGCAACAAGAUGAUGAUCCACAAAGUCCGGAAGAUAAGAACUCUGGAGGACAAGGAGCUUCCUUUGGUUGAACAGGUCCGCCUGGAGACUUACAUGAGUACAUACUUGGGCACCUUUGAUGACUACCUAGAGUUGUUCCUGCUCUUUGGUUAUGUCAGCCUGUUCUCAUGUGUUUACCCUCUGGCUGCUGUCCUGGUGGUGUUAAACAACAUCACUGAGGUUUACUCUGAUGCCUUCAAAAUGUGCCACGUCUUCAAGCGCCCCUUUACUGACCCAGCAGCGGACAUCGGAGUCUGGCAGCUUGCCUUUGAAACCAUGAGCGUGAUCGCUGUUGUGACCAACUGUGCAUUAAUUGGCAUGUCUCCACACGUAAAGGCUUACUUCCCUGAUUCAGAGACUCAGCUCAUACUGUGGACUGUGGCCGUUGAGCAUGUACUGCUGGCCUUCAAGUUCAUCCUGACCUUCCUCAUUCCUGAUGUUCCCAAACACAUACAGAUCAAACUGGCCCGUCUUGAGUUUGAAUCACAGGAGGCCCUGAAGAAAAAGAAAAUGCUUGAAGCCUCGGAGCUCAGUAAGACGAUCCAGUGAAGAGGAGAAGAGUUCCUAUAGACACUGAUUCAUCUGCUCUGCCACAUCAUCACCAUCAUACCGUUGUUUACACUGAGCUUCUAAAGAUAUUGAUAUGUGUUAUCCAUGACAAAUCUGACAUAAGUAUAAUAUGGUUGCAGUUUGUUCGGCUUUGCAACAUGGUCCAAGCCUCAAACUGUAGUUUUAGUAGGAAGUGGCACCAUGUACCACGCAGCGCUCUUAAUACUGUAAAGUACUGGAAAAGGUUUAUACACAUGGAACAGAGUCUGCAACAGCCAGUUGUUCAAAUCACACAAGGAUGCUGUAUUAUAGUGUAGCAGUCAGACUGUGGACUGUCAUUACUGUGCUUGGGGGUCCUUUUUGAUUGUGGAUGCAGUAAUACAUACACUUCACUAAAGCUUCUUUCUGAUGUGCUCUAAAUUACUAUACUGUACAAUACCAAAUAUGAUCCUUUAUUCUCAGAGCUGCUUUGUAUAGCUUUGCCCCAAACAUGGAAGCAUUAAAAGGCCACAAAUAACCGACUAACAAGUUUUCUGUCAGAAGACCAGGACUGGGACUGGGGCACAAUUGGCUACUUACAAUCCACAUCAGUUACAAAACUCAGAGUAAUCAAAGAAGAGUUUUUAUAUUAAAAUGCAAACAACAAACCAUAGUUUCAGUAAUAAUUUCAUUAACUUGUCUUGUUAAUUAAGGUAACUGAACUGAUGUAACACUAAGUAACUAUUACAAGACUAAUUCCAAAUAGAAAGGAGCAAAAAGGGAUUAACAAGCAAGGUUUCAAAUAACUAAGCAAACGCAGAAAACAUGAAAUCAAGACUCUUACCAGAGCUAAUCAAAAAUACAUGACUAGGAGGAACCAGAUAGUAAAUAUCAAAAUAUCAAGAGUGUUCACACAAGGAAUGAAUAUGAACCACCAAUAACAGAAAGGCAGGAAGCAGCAAAGCAAACGUAUUACUGUCAGGAAGUGAUGUCAGCAGAAUGGUGUGUGAUGCACUUAAAUGUUCAGUGAUUCAAGAUUAACGCUCACCUUCCUUGUAGGACCUUUUUUAUGCUUCCAUAUACAAAUGCUCACAAUCACUCAUUAAAUGUUGUAUGUUUAGUCUUCCAUCAUAACUAGUAAUAAUGUCAGCUAUAAGUUGGAAGCCUGCAUCCCUGUAUCACCCCUUGUGCCUUGAACCAUGAGCUUUCGUAUCAGCUGUAAUUGCAGAGCUUUUGUAGGUAAUAAAUUCACUCUCAACCAUCACUGGUAUAAACAAGUCUAUGAAAUGUGCAGCCACUGUCUGUUUGCACCAGCUUCACAGUUGGUUGAAUUACUGUAUUUGUCUUUCUAACAGACAUAUAACGAAUGCAAGUAAUAAAAUUCAAUGAAGCGG